AGAGGCUCCAGCUGUGCAGAGAACAGACACAAACCUACAACUGAGAUAACAGCAGACUUUACAACAGUAGAAGUUACAGCAGUAGAAGUUACAACAGUAGAAGUUACAACAGUAGAAGUUACAGCAGUAGAAGUUACAGCAGUAGAAGUUACAGCAGUAGAAGUUACAACAGUAGAAGUUACAGCAGUAGAAGUUACAACAGUAGAAGUUACAACAGUAGAAGUUACAACAGUAGAAGUUACAACAGUAGAAGUUACAGCAGUAGAAGUUACAGCAGUAGAAGUUACAACAGUAGAAGUUACAGCAGUAGAAGUUACAGCAGUAGAAGUUACAGCAGUAGAAUUUACAGCAGUAGAAGUUAGAUGAACAGAAGUUACAACAGUCUACUGUUACUGCAUUUGACCACAAGCGUAUAAAGAUGUCAAAGGGAAUCUAUGAAUACACAAAUGGAUUUGAAGACGAAGAACCCAAUGAAAUAAAGACCAUUGAUAUUGAUGAUCAUAUUUACAACCACAAAAGACCCAUCAUGCCCUGCAAGAAGGAUGGAGUUGGUGAUCAACAUUCAGUGUUUUGUCAGUGGUGGAAGAGAUACUCUGGAGCUGCUGCAGUGUGUCUUGGGCUGCUGUGUGUUCUCCUACUGGCUGGGAUCAUAGGCCUGUUACUCUACCAGAGAAACCAAUUGACCAGCUCCAACACCCUGACUAAAGAGUGGGAACAGCUACAGAUUAGCGGCAACAACCUGACUGUAGAGAGAGACCAGCUACAGACUGGCAACAACACCCUGAUUAAAGAGAGAGACCAGCUACAGACCAGCAGCAACAUCCUGACUGAAGAGAGAGACCUGCUACAGACUAGCAACAACACCCUGACCAAAGAGAGAGAUCAGCUACAGACCAGCAGCAACAACCUGACUGAAGAGAGAGGCCUGCUACAGACUAGCAAUAACACUCUGAUCAAAGAGAGAGACCAGCUUCAGACCAGUUACAACACCCUGACCAGAGAGAGGGACCAGCUACAGAUCAGAUACAACUCCCUGACCAGAGAGAGAGACCAGCUACAGACCAGUCACAACACCCUGACCAAAGAGAGAGACCAGCUACAGACCAGUUACAACACCCUGACCAAAGAGAGAGACCAGCUUCAGACCAAUUACAACACCUUGACCAAAGAGAAAGACAAGCUACAGACCAGCUACAACACCCUGACCAAAGAGAGAGACCAGCUACAGACCAGUUGCAACACCCUGACCAAAGAGAGAGACCAGCUACAGAAAGAGAUAGAACGUCUGAAACAAUCUUCAGUUGAGAAAGUGUGUCCUCAAGGAUGGAAGAAGCUUGGUAGCAGUUGUUACUACGUCUCUACUGAGUCCAAAUCCUGGGAGGAGAGCAGACAGGACUGCAGAAAUAGAGGAGCACACCUGGUGGUCAUCAACAGCCAAGAACAACAGACAUUGGUCAAUUGGUUAUGUGGACGGAAGAACUAUGUCUGGAUUGGUCUGACUGACUCUGUUACUGAGGGGACCUGGAAAUGGGUGGACAACACACCACUGACCACAAAGUAUUGGAACAGUGGAGAUCCUAAUGGUGGAAGAGCUGAGAACUGUGUGUAUUUCUACUCCUGGACAUCAGACAAAGGAGAAUGGUGGGACUAUGACUGUUCCUAUAAAUACAGAUGGAUCUGUGAGAAAUAGGAUUCCUCCUCGGUACUCUCUCAACUGCUAAAUAGGAUUAUGAUAAGUACUUUCAAUCAUAAACUAUUUUCUGCUCAUUCUGUUUACCUUGUCAAGUACAUACAAUAUAUAACAAUGCAAAUGUAAUAAUACAUUGUAAUAAAAUAACAAAACAUAUGCAAUAACAAUACAA